AUGGCUUCACAAUCCACGUCAGCAAGUUCUGAGGCUCGCGAGCUGAAUUUAGUAUCCAACGUCGAAUUUAGAAUCGCGUUAGCAGAUACAGAUGAGAAACUUGAUGUUUUGCUCAAUAAAUAUCUGGCUCCUUUACUGCUAAAGUUAGGCUCUGAGAGCCUUGCAGUCCGCAACAAAGUAAUUGCUGUGUGUCAGCAUAUCAACAACAGAGUGCAAGCUCCGUCUAUUAAGCUUCCAGUUGCAGCUUUGCUGAAGCAAUUUAAGGAACAAAAGUCCAAGCUCGUUAGACACUUCGACUUGAUCUAUAUUCAACAAGGCAUUGAUCGCUUGGGAGCCAAUGCAAGGAUUGAGAUUCUGCUUCCAUUGCUCCAAGGGAUUUCUGAAAUUGGAAUAUCGACCGACGACCAAGCGGCUGUUGUGUUUAACCUUGUCUUACGACUUUUACCUCUCCUGAAGCUUCCGCCGAAGGACAGCACCGAAGACAUACAACUUAAAACUCGACUAGGUCUAUCCGACAAGGACACUAAGUUCUUGUCCUCAUGGUUUGAAAAAUUAUUGAUUCUCUUCCCUGCGGAUAAGAACGCCUCAACUUGUCCGGGUUUAUCCCCAGCAGAAUACGCGUUCCUCAACAAGGGUGCUUCCGUAUCCGAAACAUGGAACUCGUCUUCACAUGGGGGGUUGAAUCUUACCGAGACUAAAGCUACGGCUCUAAGGUUUCUCGGUAGCAGAGCCUUCACAGACUCAGAGCGCUUUUUCCCUGCUCUGGUGGCGUCUGCGGACCCAAAUUCCCGCCUGGCUGAUCUUGGCGAGGAAAUAUUGAAGCGCUUCAUACCAGCUCUUGAAGAUACAGAUGUUGUAAAUCGACUGUUUACCUUGUACUUCGGUUCUGUGAAACCUGAUGGCGCAACCCCGGCGCGCACUGCUCUACGAAUCAAGAUUCUAGUUCACUUGGGAAGAUCAAUCAGGGCUACGACAGAGACAGCUAAUAUCCUCAGGUUGAUCGAAGAGGGUCUUCUCUCGGAUGUUGCAAGAUCUUCACAAGGAUUGCAGGCUUCGAAGUUGCGAACGCAGAUCUUUAGUUUUACCACGUGGGUUGUUCGCAUCGGAUCCCCCACGGACCUCAGGCAAAUCGCGCCGAAGGUUAUAGCAGGCCUUAGAGACUUUAUUCAAUCUCAAGGGUGGCCGAGCCCAGGGUCCAGUGGACAGAGGCUGCCUGCAACGGACCUAAGCUUACGAGGUCUUGCUUACGAGAGCAUCGGUAUAUUGGUGCCGAAGGUAGAUUUUCAAGUACAAGAGGAGCAAAAUGCUAUCUCGGGCUUCGAACUCAUUAGGUGGCUUUUCAUAUCAUUAGGCUCUGAUGAUUCCAGCGCACAGAUCUUUGUGAGUAUUGAACAAGCAUUAGGAAGCAUUCUUAACUCCUCGGUGGAUAGCUGGGAUACAGAGUUUCAAGAAAGUUUGCGACCUUUUUUGCUUCGUCAGAUGAACAGCCUUCCGGGGGAAGAGGACUCUGUAACUGGGUUCAAGAUUGUUCGUCGAACUCAGUAUGCCGCUGUACGUUUCUCCAAUAGGUUCUUGCCAUAUAGCGAUGUCGUGGCUCGCUGGAUCGAUCUCAUGGCCGUGGCAUGCGGGUCUGAAAGGCAUCAGGAAGUCAUAGAAGAAGGCAAGAAAGGGCUGCACCCUUAUUGGUAUCGUCUUCUAAACCCAACUAAAGACAAGAUAUGGUUUACAUCAGUGACAGCUGACUCACGCUCUUCAUGGUUUAAAUUUCCGAGUUUUUCAGAGGCAGCGCGCUUUCUCCUGGGUUCGACUGCGUCCACUGUUGUGCCAGGUCUUUCUGCACCAGAGAUAUUGUCAGGUCCCUAUAAGAAGGCCUUCAUCUACACAAACACUUUUCUUCGCAACAUAUUGCUUUGGGAGUCAUUCUUGGGUUCGAAUAUAAGCACAGAAAUAGAGCAAGAUUGGGAUAUCAAAUUGGACGUGCUUCUUACAUCCGAUGAACAAGCGCGUGCUCUCUCUGGCCUUAGCGGCGGGGCUCAAAAAGGCCUGUCGCAGUGCGGAGAAGACUUCAUCGGUAUUUGCUCUUUAGCUUCGAACGACAUCGUUGAGCCCAUGGUAUCGAAGGUGGCCACGUUGAAAAAUUCCCUCUACAGUAAUGAUCAAGAACUUCAGAACCUGGCAGCACGCGCACUUGGAAUUCUCGCCUCUCACUCUGCAUUUUCGGAAAAUAACUUGAGGGAAUUCCUUUCAGAUCUCUCAGUUCCCAUAGGGAGUUGGAAAUUUGCCAUUGGUGAAGUUGUGCUUAGAGUUCGGGGCGCAGUCCUUGCACUAGCGUAUAUCUUGAGCCGACUGGCAUUCCGCAACUCUUUAUAUAAAGCACCCGAAACAACUGUCAACCUAUUCAUUCGCACGAUUUUUGAUAUUAUUAGGGACGCACGCGAUUCUUUGCUUCGACAGUCCGCACAGGUUGCCAUCGGGCAGUUGAGUCUUUCCGGAGUUUUGUCUACGACAGUACUUUCAAACGAUGAGUGGGAGACGAUCAACGAUAAGUUGAAGCCGGACGCAAAGGCCGAGAGUGAAAUAGCGAUCACAGCAAUGGGCCUCCUAUCUUUGUCAUUUUCGAAGGCUGGCCAUAAAGACCCGCAGUUCACUAACUUCUUGAACUCCUUGUACGACCUACAUGAAAUCCGUAGCCCAGAAACACAUUUCACUGUCGGCGAGGCUUUGAGUGGUGCUGCAGCGGGAUGGACCUCUAAGUCUAUGGCCACGGAAUUUGACGUCGACGAAAAGCUCCCCACAUGGCAACUCUCUGAUACGGUAUUAGCCGAAAUGUGCGACAAGAUCAUUACUGAUUGCGGUGCAUCAAAGCCUUCUCUGAGAAAAGCGUCUUCCAUAUGGCUACUAUGCCUGGUGAAGAAUUGUGGUCACCUACAACAAAUGCAGACCCGCCUGCGUAAAUGUCAAAGGACAUUCACACGUUUGCUCGCGGAUAGAGAUGAAGUGGUGCAAGAGACCGGGGCCCAAGGCCUAAGCCUUGUGUACGAUAUCGGUGACCAGACGCUAAAGGAUGACUUGGUACGCGACUUGGUGGACUCUUUUACGGCAGCUGGCUCCAAUCUUGGGGGAGGUAAAGUCAACGAAGAUACCGAACUAUUCGAGCCAGGUGCUCUACCAACUGGAGGCGGGUCAUCAGUCAAUACUUACAAAGAUAUUAUGAACCUAGCCUCUGAGGCUGGCGACCCCACACUUGUGUAUCGAUUCAUGUCCCUGGCUUCGAACAAUGCCCUUUGGACCAAUCGUGCAGCAUUUAGCAAGCUGGGUAUUAGCACUAUAUUCUCCGAUUCAAGCGCCAAUGGUUACCUAGCCAAGAAUCCCAAAAUUUACCCGAAAUUGUUUCGCUACCGGUUUGAUCCGAAUCCAAAUGUACAGCGGUCCAUGAACACAAUAUGGCAGGCGCUGGUCAAGGACCCUACUACAAUUAUCAGUGAUCAUUUUGAUGAAAUUAUGGACGAUCUGUUGAAAAGCAUGCUGAUCGGUCGGGAGUGGCGCGUUCGACAGGCAAGUUGUGCUGCUAUUGCGGAUUUAAUUCAAGGGCGACAACCAGAGAAAUACUCUAAUUAUAUGGAGGAAAUCUUUCUAAAAGCGUUCAAGCUUGUAGAUGACAUCAAGGAGUCAGUUCGAGCGGCUGCUCUGAAACUUUGCCAGACAAUAACCAACGCAGUGAUCCGUACUCUGGAAACAAGCUCUACCGAGACAAAACGAGCAGAUACUAUGCUAGCGGGCACUAUUCCCUUUUUAUUGAGUGACAAGGGUAUGGAAUCUGAUGUUCAAGAGGUUCAAGGAUUUGCUAUUGGAGCUUUAAUCCAGAUAAUAAAGAAAAGUCCUGGUCAGCUGUUGCGCCCAUUUGUUCCCUGCGUGAUGGAACAAUUCUUGAACUCUCUAAGUUCCCUAGAGCCACAAGCAGUCAACUAUGUCCAUCUCAAUGCGGACAAGUAUGGAUUAACAGGCCAAGAGAUCGACAAAAUGAGGCUGUCCAGCAUACGCACAUCUCCAAUGAUGGAAGUUAUUGAGCGAUAUCUGAUAGAUAUGCUCGACGAAACUAGCCUGAAGGAAUUCGCUGAUAGUCUGGAGCGCGUGCUUCGCUCUGCAGUUGGACUUCCAACGAAAGUGGGCUGCAGUCGUGUACUAGUUCUCCUGAGUAUGAGAACAGUCCUAUUCCGCCCUUAUGCGGAUCGUUUUAUCAAGCUUCUUGUAAAAUACGUCGUUGACCGCAACGACACGGUCAGUGCAUCUUAUUGUACAUCAAUAGGCUACCUCAUGCGACUAGCUUCAGAUGACCGAGUGCUAAAAACAAUUGAACAUGCGAAAACUCUGUAUCUGAUUGCAGAAGACGCAAAUCAGCGAAUCAUCGCAGCGGAAAUUUUACACUCCACAUCUAAGUUGUCCAACGACCGAUUCAUGGCAUUUGCCGCGACUGCCUUACCUUUCAUAUUUGUUUCCAAGUACGAUACUGAUGAGCACGUCCAAGAAGCAUUUGAGAAGACAUGGCAGGAUAAUGUGGGCGGUAAUCGUGCGGUAUCGCUAUAUAUAAAAGAAAUUACCAGCCUUGUUUCAGACAAUCUCGAUUCUCCUCGCUGGAUCAUCAAGCAUACUGCAGCAUUGGGGUUUGCGAACGGCAUCAUGGCACUUGAUUCCGAACUGGAUAUUGCUACUAGCGAGUACCUAUGGCCUGUUCUGGAGAAAGCAUUGGCUGGGAAAACAUGGGAUGGUAAAGAAGUUGUUGUGAAAGCUUUUGUGAAAUUCACCAGCCAAGCAAAGAAUCUAUGGCUACAGAAGCCUCAAGCUGGUGAUACAAUGAAGGCAAUCGCAAUCAGGGAGGCUAAACGGAUUAACCCAACAUAUCGCCCACAUGCUAUCACUGCUUUUGGUGGGAUUGCUCAAGCGCGCCAAGACCUCAAUUUGAUGUCAGAUGCUGUUGAUAUUGUUUCUCGGGUACUCAGUGAAUUUGACGAGGGAGAGGACUCGAUGGACAUCGACUCGGGCAACGGUCAAAAGAACAAGUACUGCCUUGGCACCCCUUUAUCCUGUCAAUGGCUAACCACCAAUAGACAAACCCGAGAGGAUAUUUUGGUGGCUUGUGUCAAAUGCCUCUUGCAAUGUAUCAAUCUAACAUGCGCGGCAUCGGCUGAAGCUACCAACAGCUAUGUGUCAGAAGUAAAGCGUCUUUUGCACGAAACAUUGGAUAAUGGAGGCAGAAAUGUGCAGAUUGCGCUGUACGAGGAACUUCGCAUGCUCUUCAGUAGAGCAGCAACAAAGGCUUUAGAAUCACACGGCGAGAAACCUAAGCUGCGCGAACUGCAAAAAUCCUUGGCGGCCCUGGUAGGCGAAAUGUUGUCUCGCCAGGUAGAUGUAACUGCCGAAGCAAUCCGACGAGAACGUGCGCAGGCUGCAAUGUCAUUCAUUACGCUCUGCAAACAACUCGAUAUUGGGCCUGAUAUCGAUGGAAAACUGUGCGGGCUGCUGAAGACCUGGAGGGAGGGCGAAAGAUCUGGGCCGGUGCAGCAAGUCCUAGGCCAAGCCUUGGAAAGACUCAUGCAAUGA